CCUGAAUCAUAGCUUGUUGUACUGAGCAUCGUCAGCUGGAGGGAACCCUGUAGAAUGGUUCCCCAGGAGGGAUGUUGUGAGUCCUGCCUUAAGGAAAGUUUGUCGGCAGGUUGGAGGAAGGAUGGAAGAGCAGGAGGGGGAUGAGAUCAUAGUGUCAGGGUGUUGUCAAGAGAGAGCAAAAGAAGGUGGUUAGCAAUGGGAGUUGGAAAGAAGCUGAACUGCUAUGGGGUAUCAAUGAUGUCAAGAAAUCGUCAUUAACUGCUGAAAACCUCCUUUUCCAGGAAUUGGGGAAAAAUGUCCAUGUUUUCCUAUUAACAUUUGCUUGGUCUUAGUCCUCGAGUCAUCGGACUACUUUGACAGUGUCAGUAUAUUAUAAGACAUUUAAACUGGACAGAAAUGACUUAACGUUCGUUGGACGGCGACAGUCUGUUAGUGUUGCAUAUGUGUUGUGUUUUGUUUUCUGUGUGUGGCUAUGGGUGGGGCACUGAAUUAUGACUACAUGUUCAGGAAUGAAGGGAGUGGUGCCACUUUUUUUUGCAGAGGCCGUGAAGUUUGGUUGAGUACAGAUCAGGAGGGAGUUGAAUGGACUGGGUGCUUGGGCUCCCCGAACACCUUCACACUGAGAGUCAUGAUCAAAAGAGUGGAAUUGAUUUAAACCAAUGGUGCAAUCAAUGCUUUUGUAAUAUUAAUGUAGCAAUUGUAGGAAUGGACAAUGGCAGUAGGUCCAGUGUAAGGUGGGAUGUCAGGCCGUGAGUCUGUCGGGGACCUGAUCCCCCAAGAUGUUGCGGAGGUGUUUGCCUACGAGAGGAACACCAAAGGGGGGAGAAGGAAAAAGCGCGGGGGCUCCCUUGGUCGGGCCUUUAGCUGGCUCAAGGGAAAGAAGAAGAAGGAUGUCAAUGCUAACGGACAAAGCCUGGACUUUCAUUCAGGUGGGCAGAAGACUGUCAAGACCUCCCCACAGGGCCACAGCCAAGUCCCAAAACAGGAGGAUGAGGAGGCCCACAUCCCGUCUCACUUCCAGAAGAAUGUCUUCAUCGAGGUCAACCGGCCCAAGUACCUGGAAGACCUGCACAGUGAGGCCCAGGAGGGACUCAAAAUGCAGCAGCAAGAAGAAACCAGUUACGGAGUUGAUUACCAGGAUGACCGAAGCGUCACUUCAACGGUGACCCGACAGCCAGAUGACACGGAGACGGAGACGGAGAGUUGCAGUUACGGAUAUAGGAGAGGCUCUCUGUCAGACAGCACAAUGGCUGACACAGUGUCCCAGGUCUCCACACGCUCCACAGUCUCCACUAGAUCCACACGGUCAGGAUUGACCCGCCAAGCGUCAACCUUCAGGCCCCUGAAGUCAGAGAAGAAGCCGGAGAAGGCCAAGGCUAGAAGGAGACAUAGGAGAACAACCGUUAUGGGGAUACCACAACACAUCCAGAGAGAACUAGGGCUGGACCGAGCCUCAUGGGCAUGCCGUCAGGUUAUAGAUGAGGACAGGCUCCCUAACGGUGAGAACGAGAACAUCCACACCAUCGAUGGGCCUCACCAGACUAGCUCCCGGGACGGGUUGAGGAUCUACAUGCAGUCCAUGGAAGGCCUGCAGCCUGUCAAUGAGAACCAGGUCCAGAGGUUUCCCCCUAGAGCCGGCCACCGGGACGACCUGGCUGUACCCCAGCAAAUGGACCCUCAUCAGCAGCCGCCCAGCCCGGUCAUGUCCAUGAACCCCCAGGCGGCGUACAUGUCGAAGAUCAUCCCCAACGCCGUGUUGCCGCCCUCCAUCGAUGUGGUGGAGAUCAGCCGCAGCCGAAGCCGUAGCAGCGUCCGUACCGUCAGUAAGAGCAGACUGCUGCUGGCCAGCCCUGCCUCCUCGAGAGCCUCCUCCCGCGCCUCCGCCAUGUCCUCUGCCUCCCGCUAUGACCCGCCACACUUCUCCGACAGCUCCGGGUGGAGCCGCUCGGAUUCCUCCGAGACCCUGGUGUCGGACUCCUCCACCAUCUCCUCGAACAGCACGGCUAGACAAGGGGGCUCACAGGAGGGAGAUGGAGAGGGUUCAGUCAAGGAGAGGGCCCUGGGUAGAGACGGCAUCCACGCUUCUGUCGGUAAGACCUCCUGGGUUACUGCCACCAAUGGCAAGGGGAAAGCCAAAGGGGAUGAUGACAAACAAGAUGGGCCCUUCAUCCGGAGCCUGUCUGUGAUGAAGCCCAAGAGGGCCCCAGCCCCACCCAACCGCUCCUACUCCCUGCACAAGGACAAGAUGAAGAGGCGCUCGCGGGACCUGGCGGACAUCAGGUUUGUUGCCCCUCAGAGCAGCGCAGUUCAGGUUAGGGAGGCGAAAACUGCCCUGCCCUCCGAUAACACAAAUAGCCCCGGGUACACAGCAGACACCAGCUCUCUGGAUGAGUCUCCACGCUCUGUGGCCACCAGACCUUUCGACACCCCUCAGCAGACAAUCAAGGAGGAGGUGACCAGUGAGCAGCCGGUCUCCACAGACCUAUCUCCACAGACCACUCAAGAAAAUGGCCAGAAAAAGACUGUCUCGCCCUCCAGCGGCUAUUCCAGUCAGGGUGGCACGCCCACCCCCCCUUCCAAACAGGCCCAUAACUCAAACCCCGGGAACAGGAGAGGCCUCCUGGCCAAACUAGCAGGCAUCUUCCCCAGGACACCAUCCCCAGCGGCUUCAUUUCCACCACCUGUUAGCGGCAAGACGCCUGAGCCUCAGUCACCCUCCCCAGUCAACGCUGUCCCUCCCUCACCUUCAGUCAUGGCACUCCGAGAGCUUUUCAACAUCCCGCCACCACCCAAGGUGUUGGCUCCCCCUCCUCCUCCCCCAGAGGUGUGGGCACACAAUAAGCGCACCUUUGAACUGCUGCUCGGUCCCCCUGCACCCAUCAACAUGGAAACGAUGGUGAGAAAGAAUCCAAAGGAUCGACGACAGCAAAGGCAGUGUCCCUCCGCAUCUAGAGAGGGUUCUGUUAAGAACUUGUCAGCAGAGCAGGAUGCGGUCGGUGUGCUAAACAGGGUCAAUGUGCCUGAGGCUAAAGAGCUGACAGGUCUUGCAGACCAGGAGAGGGAACAGUUUUCCACUGUGGGGACAAGUAAUCCAGUAGCAUACACGCAUGAGUCAGGAAAAGGUCCAGAGAGUCAAAAUGUCCAGGAAAGAAAAGGUUUUAUUCCAGUAGUUAAAGGAAAGGAAGGUAAUGGACCGGCUCAAAUGGAGAUGUCUGAAGGCGUGAAAGGGAAUAGUGAGGUUGAAUCAGAGAGGGUCAAGGUAAGUCAGAUGAUAGGUAAACUAGAGAAGGUCAAGGCAAGUCAUUUUGUAAAUGGAAAGUCAGUAACGACCAUGGUAUCUCCCAGAAAGAGUGUUGACAAAGUAAACACACAAAUGCAUAGACUUACUAAAGAGGGAAGGACUGAAUCCCAAGUUGAAAUAGAUACGUCAUCUGUGGCUAGCCUUGCCCUAGCACACGUCUCAUCUUCUUCUACACCACAUGCACAUCCUAUUCCCGCUUCCAAACAGACCCUACCUGUGGCCCCACUUUUGAUGCCCUCAGACUCUUUGACGACUCCAGAGCCCCGACUAGUCUCCCCCUAUGGGGAAUCUUCUUGGCCCCCGCCCCCAUCUCCUUUGGACUUGGCCAAUAUUGGGAAUGAGCUUGACCUCCCCCUUCCCCCACCACCAAGUGGUUACGAAGACGAGGUAGUUAUAACAGAACCUGUGUCCCCUGUAUCAGAGGAGACAGUGAGGGCUCCAAACCUUGCCCAAUCUGCACCCCAGAAAGUUUCACCUGUAUCGCAGGGAAUCCCACCUCCACCCCAGACUAUCCCACCUCCACCUCCUCAAAAAGUCCCCCCAUCACCAGCUCUUGGGGUUACACGUUUGACUUCCAAAGAAGCCACCUCAACACCAAAUACAAAGUGUCCUUCCUUCUUCAUUCCUCCACCUCCCAAAUGCAGUCCACCCCCACCUCCAGUAAAUACCAUACAGCAGUCAAAACCAGGAACCACAGAAAGCCAGAAUAAAGAGAAUAGGUCCCACAGCCAGAGCUCUCCCACUCCCCCAGAAGAGAUGCACACUCCUGUGGUCACCCCCUCUCUUCUUCAGAAGGUCAAGCUGAGGUCUGUCAAAUAUUGUGAUCAGGGUCAGGAAACGGACCAGACAGAGGUGAUAUUAAGGGCCAAACAACCAAGUAAUGGGGAGGCUCCCCAGAAGCCCAUUAGAAGGUCCCUGAUCAUGACAUCUCCCCCUUCCACUCUCACAUCCCAACCUACUAUUAUCACACAACCUUCUAUAGCCCCAACCCCAAACCUAGAGGCAACCCCAAACCUAGAGGGAACUCCAUCCCCAGCCCCAGUGGUAGCCCCAACCCCUGCCCCAGUGGUAGCCCCAACUCCUGCCCCAGUGGUAGCCCCAACUCCUGCCCCAGUGGUAGCCCCAACUCCUGCCCAAGUUGCAACCCAAGUCCCAGUGGUAGCCCCAACUCCUGCCCCAGUGGUAGCCCCAACUCCUGCCCCAGUGGUAGCCCCAACUCCUGCCCCAGUGGUAGCCCCAACUCCUGCCCAAGUUGCAACCCCAGUCCAAGUGGCAACCCCAACUCCUGCCACCAAGGCAACCCCAACUCCUGCCACCGAGGCAACCCCAACUCCUGCCACCGAGGCAACCCCAGUCCCAGUGGUAACCCCAACUCCUGCCCCAGUGGUAACCCCAGUCUCAGUGGCAACCCCAACUCCUGCCACUGAGGCAACCCCAGUCCCAGUGGUAACCCCAACUCCUGCCCCAGUGGUAACCCCAGUCUCAGUGGUAACCCCAACUCCUGCCACCGUGGCAACCCCAGCCCCAGUUGCAACCCCAACUCCUGCCCUAGUGGUAACCCCUGCCUCAAAGGUGACCCCAACCCUUGACACAAUUACAGUCAAGCCCCAGCCCAAUAGAAUUAGUUUAGCCCCAAAAUCAUCUAUUGUCACCUCUCCUACUCGGAAGUCCCCUCCUGACUCAGCCACCACCCCCUCGAUGAGGAUGCAGGAGGCAAUACGCUUGAGGACAGCAGCCAGAAGUAAAGAGGGGCCUCCAUCUCGUCUCAGCAUGCCCUCACCUACUUCACCAGCAGGUCUCAAGUCCCCCACAUCCACGGCCAGUUUCAUCUUUGCCAAGAGCACAAAGAAGGUUGUCAUCGAAACCCCCUCGUCCCCUGAGACCCAGGCCAAUCUUACAAAGAACCUGAUGGCUGAGCUUUCAUCUGUGUCUAAUGUAGCCAAGUCCGCUGACACACAGAAUAGGAUGCCUCCACCCGUGGCUAGGAAACCUAAGCCAAAGGCCAAGGAUGUGGAGGGUGGGGAGACUGAGCAUGUGCAAACUGCGGGACAGGAAGCACAACCAGCCAAUGACACUGAGGCUGCUCCGAAUGGGACUACGGUUGGUGUUGAAGUGUCACCACCACCCUCCACAUGAGGAAGACUGCCACCUGGCAAGGAUCAGUCAUUUGCAUUGACAGACUGACCUUUACCUGGAAGUUGAGAAGACACCAUGUGUCAUGAACCAUUAGUCAAAUACAAUCGGUAAGAGGGAGAUGGCUCCAAAAGAGAAGGCAUCUGGAGCUUUCCAAAGGGAGGACAAAUGGACAUAACUAAAUGUAACCCAUUCACAAAAGAGAUUUAUGUAAAAAAAAAAA